AGGCGUGCCGUCUACUUUGGCCGGCGGCGGUACGACGCGGCGCGCGUGCGGUAUGACGCCGCCUCGGCCGCCUACCGCCAGAGGAGGCUACAGCGGCUGCAGGCGCGGCGGGUGCGGCGGCUGGCCUUGCUCGAGCGGCGGGUGGAGCGGCGGCGGCGGCGGCGCGGGCUGCCGCCGCUCGACUCGAACUACGACGAGCUGCUCUCCCACUACGAGGCGUCGCGCGAGAAGCUCGGCGGAGGGGCGCCCGGCCUGGCGGGGCAGGUUGCAGCGGUGAUGCGGCACAGGAUGAGCAAGCGGGACGUGCGCGCGCUGCGGGAGAGGGCGGUCCCCAAAGCGGUGUUGCACGGCCGCGAGGACAUCAUCGUGCGCCCUCGCGCCGCGCGGGCGAUGGCGCGGCUGCUCGGCGCCGAGUUGCACAUGCUCGACGCCAACCACAUGAGCGUGGUAGAGGCCAGCGAGCAGGUCAACGCGUUGCUGCUCCGCCACUUGCGCCGCUCGCAAAAGGCGUGGGCCGGCCGCCAGUCGCGCUGGCGCGCGGUGUGGAGCUCGGCGUGGUGGGGAGGCGGGGAGCGUGCCGGGGGCCAGGGUCCAGGGUGCAGGGAGCGGCUAAGAAGCGCACCCAGCGGGCCGGAUGAUUGGCAUCGGGCCGAGAUGAACGAAUUCCUUCCGGCCAUUCGCGAGGUGGUGUUCGCGGCGAACCACUUUGAGGCGCUCGGCUUGCCGAAUCACAAAAAGGGACACACGGGGCGGUGGAGGUUGGGUCCACGUGCGACGCCUCUGGCUGGUCCAUCAGCUGAAUCCCCUGCCCUGGUUGGCUACUCGCUCGGCUGCCGCGUCGCCUACUGGAUGGCGUGCCUCCUCGAGGCGGAGGGGCGGCCGGUCGAGCUCGUGCUGCUCGACGGGCCGGCGGCCGGCGACGACGGCUACCCGCCGCGGAUGGGCGGGUACGCGUCGGAGGUGGCCGAAGAGAUCCGGCUCAACAUGGGCCUCGCGCCGCCGCCGGACGGGCGCUCCGCCUCGCUCGGGCCGCAGGGCGGCGGCGCAAACUCGGCGGCGCAGGCCAUGCAGUUUGCGGUGAUGAAGCGCUCCGGCUCGUUCCGGAUGCUCUUCACCCUGCUCGAGGAUGCGGGCGAAGACGCCGCCGCCGCCGCGGUGCGGCUCAUCGAGCUGCCCGACCGCGUGGUGGAGCCGCUCGGCCCGGUGCGAGCGCCGGUCCUCUUUGUGCACACGGAGCAGAUCCGCGAGAACGGCACCGCCGGCGUGCUGCUCGAGCGCGUGCCGCACGCGACGGCCGCAAAGGUUCCGGGCGACCACUUCUCCUUCAUCACAAAGAGCGCGACGCAGAUUGCGGAGGCGGUCGCGGGGUGGCCCUCGCCGUCCGCCGGGUAGAGACAGCUGCGUGUCCUAGUACAGUGUUGUGUGUACUACAUGCAGGCCGGUACGUGUUGGUUUGGCCAGAUACCAUGUGAAGUUUGGGGGGGG